CGCCGAUCACCUCAGCCGGGCAGGCCGCUGGGCUCCACCGCGCUCAAACUUAGUUAGCAACUUCCCCGUUGCGGCCGAGCCGGCGCCGUCCCGCGCCGGCACCCCUGAGAGACGAGCCGGUGCGCCUCCCCCUCCCGUUCCCGGUGAGGGAGAGGUCUGAUCAGUGUGGCUGAAGUGAUCACUUUCCCCUGUUAUUAAUGUUAUCUUGGCUGAGAUCUUUUCACUAUGAGAAGUGAAUCGGGUUGUAUGGAUUGGUUACAGCAGAGAAUGCAGAUUAUGAUUCUUUCUCCUUGUUGGAUUUUUUCAGUUCUGUUGAGUGUGUAAUUACAACUAUGGCAACAAGAGUAGAAAUAAAUUCUACUUUGGCGUCUUUGACAACAGUGCCUGACUUAAAUGAAAUCAGAAAUGAGGAUAAAUCACGUGUGUAUGUAAGUGUGCUUUCAGAUGCAAGUAAUAAGGCAAAGGAAGCUUCAGCAUCACUAACUCUUGAAGAGAAAAACAAGUUUGGGAGUACUUACAGAUCUGCAACAAUGCCAUCACUAGGAUCAAGGCCAAGACUUUUCCCAAAGCCUUUUUCUAAAGAGAAAACUUCAGAUACUUUUUCAAAUGUAAAACCACCUAUUCCAGCUUUCAGAUCAAGUAGUCUUAUUAGAAGGGCCGCUGAGGAAACAUCAUCUGUUAAGGUAUUAAGUGGAAAUGUUCCGCCAUUAGUAGAUCAGAAAGUAAUUGAAAAUGAAAGUAAAGCUGGCAGUGAAGUAGUCACAAACGUGACUUUUUAUACUGGUCCUAGUGCGAAUACUGUCAUUCUUUUUGAGACAGCAGGCACAGAGCAAUCAAAGGUAAGCCUGGCCCAAGAAAAAAGGGCUGCUGAUGACCGUGGAGUAUUCAGUACUAUGCAAACAAAAGAGCUUCAGUGCAGUGCAAAGCUGGAGAAGCCAUCUCAGGCGUCUGAGACAUCCAGGAAUCCUGAAGGGUCUCUUCAUAGGCAGAUAUCUCUUUCCUCCAGUCUUAGACCAGUCUCUUGGCACUCCCUCAAAACUGGUGAAAAAAAAGAUGCUUAUGAAGUUCCAGGGGAGAAAAACGAUGAUGAUGCAAAUAAUACCAACAGUAGAGUUGAUUUCUCUAUUGAUGUGCAGCAAAAGCCAAAACAUAGGCCAGUAUCUGCUAUUUUUCUGGAAUCAUUACGAGAUCAAAAGCAUCGCACCGUGGAAGCUUCUGAGGAAAAAUCUCCUACAGAGAAAUCCUGGGUUAGAAAACCAAGGCCUUUAUCCAUGGACCUGACAGCUAAGUUUGAACAUAAAGAUCUUUCUUCUUGCAAGAUGACUAGUUCAUCUCAUGAAAGCAAGGAGAAUGUAUCGAUAACUUCUUUUACUGACGUGGGCUGUCACGGUCAGUCUGAAAUGGGGCCAAAACCUGAAGAAACUGAAUUUGAUAAAGGCAAUUCUUCUAAAUCAAAUUUGAAAUGCAGUAGUCAGGACAUUGGCAUCCUAAGUAAUGGAAAAUACAUAUGGGAAACAAAGCUUAAAUCUAAAAAUGAACAAAUUGAGACAAAGCCAGAAAUAAUGACUAACUUGCAUGAUUCUGAAAGAAGCCAUGAAACCAGUAGUGAGAGCAGAACUAAUAAGGGGGUGAAACGACCAGAACAAAAGGAAAUGUUUAUGUUUCUAGGCUGUGAAAGCCCUGCAGCUUCCUCAGAAAAAGAGAAUAAUGUUGUAAGAGGUAGUGUUAAAAAACAGAUUAGUUUGUUUACUUCAGAAAAUCCUGGUACCUCAAUGGAUACAGAGCUUCUCCCAUCAACUGCUGAGAAGGAAAACAGAUGUAUGAACAUCCAGCAGAGAAUCAAAGAACUGACAACAGAAAAUGCUGAUGUUAAGCCAGGAAAUCUACGCAAGUCACUUCAAUCACGACCACUUUCUGCAGACUUAACAAAGAUGUUUUCAAGUCCGACAUUAAGCACCGAAGCAAAGCCUGAGAAACCUGCUGAAACUAGAAAUGACUCUAUCUAUGAAACACAAGAAAAUCAAAAAAGUAAGGAGGUCAAGCUUGCACAUGGCACAGACUUCAUUGAAGCGCAUGUUACUGGGACGCCUUGGAAACCCCGUCAGAUUUUAAAAAUAACAAAUAAAACUGAUCAUAUAGAGAGAAAAGGAAGCUUCCUUGGAGAUGUUCAGCAUUUUUCUCAGCAAAGUGAAAAUUCAUUCACAAGUAACUUUGAAAAAAAAUUAAAACCAACCACACUUAUGGAAAAGACCUACAUUAAAACUGUCCGAGCCACCAUGUUUGACCAUAAUGUUCAGAGGCAUAACAUUGCUGCUGAUCAUCCUGGAACUGAUUCUGCACUGAAAAUGAAUAAUGAACUUGAGGCAAAGCACGAUGUGGUGACUUUGGGGCACAACAGGCGAUCAUGGAUGGGAGAAGAAGAAACCGCUAUUAUAAAGAAGGAGUAUCACAAGCAGUCUGAUUCAUCAAAACCAAUAGUAGAUGUAGAGAAAAGUGGAAAAGCAGCUUGUUCAAGUGAAGACAAGAAAAUGACUCCAGGAAUUCUGUUAGAGAAAUCUUUGGUUGAAAAAAGUAAAAAACCCACUCCUAAAAAUGCAGAUGAUUCUCUAAUUUACCAAAGAGUAGAGCCGAGAUACGAAAUCUUUCAGACCUGUGGUGAAAGAGCUCUUAGUGAAACCAUUACAAUGGCUCCUGAAAAAAAGGCCAUGACACUCAGAACUAGAAAAUCGUCAGUGAAAGAGAAUAAAAAUGAUGAGGUGGUUUUACACGCUGGUCAGUCAGCUAGGGCAAACAGUAAAACUCUCUACCAGAAAGAAGAUAAGAUUAUAUCAGAAGCUAGAGAUGCAGAAGUUUUUACAAGCAAGUCUGCGUUGAGAGGACCUAAUGAUUUUUUCUCCAGUGAAUGCACUUCACCUGAACAGAAAAAGGACUCUAUAGCUGAGAGAAUACCUUAUUCUACAAACAAAAGUAAAUGUUUGGGAAUUAAUGAAAACCUAAACAACCUACAUUCUGAAAUUAAAAAUGAGAAGAGUGAAGUCUCCUCCGUGGAUAAAACAGGGAGCUCUAAUGCGAUGAAAUGCUUGUCUGAGAAAAGGAGUCUUAGACCAGGUGGGACAGACAGCUAUGAAUUCAGAACCAACUUAGAUCAUGAAGUUACUUCAACAAGUGUAAAUAAACAUGGGGCCCAGUCUUCUUCAGUGCUUUCAAGUGGACAAUUUUGUAAGUCUUCUAGUAGCCACCAUCCUGAUACAAAAGUACUGCCCAUUAAUAAAGAGGAAUCUAGGGCCUUUGGUUUCAGGAAAAGUCUAGAUGUAAAUUGCAAAGAACAACACUUUGGCUUUGAUGGUACAGCUCAUGAAAACAGUGAAAAAACCAGGGUAAUAGAUCCAGAAGAAAAAGUCAGGAGAACCAGAAGUAGUGUUUCUGACUUGAAGAUUUCUGAAAGGUGGAGAAGGAGGACCUUGCCUCAGGAUUCUACUAAGACGGAAGAAGUUGCCUGGCUCACCCCUGAAAAUAUCAAAAGGCUCAGUCGGACAGAUUCAUUGCAAUUGGAUGAAGGCUUAGUUAAAAAGAGAAGCAAAAAAAGCAAAGAAGAGUUGGAAGGGAUUGAAGUAAACCAAACUGUUCCUGGCAGCCCUGAUGAUUACUUGAAAAAUCAGAGUUCUGCCUUUGAGCCAAAGGCAACUUAUUUUGCAGUGACUUACCAGGUUCCUGGUAACAAAAAAGAGAAAAGCUUUGUUGGCACUCCUAGUGCAAGUGAAACCAAUACAAUUUCUAGCUCAUGUCAGGCAGCAACAAUUAAUCUGGACCCUGUUUUUCCUGGAAGGUCCAAACCUCUAUUGCAGCAACCAAAUAAAACUUUGACGAGUACACAUUGUAGAGAAGACUCACAGGAAGUGCGUAUUAACAAGGAUUGGGUCAGAGAAGAUAAGGAUCAUAUUUUUUCCAAAAAUAUUGCAUUUAGUAAUUUUCAUGCAUCUAGGAAAGAUAACCAACGGUACCAUGAAAGAGGUCUGGAUUAUUCUAAAGAGAAAAUUAUAGAUGUUGAUGCUUUCCUGUUAAAACAAGAUCUGGAAAAUACAGCUCAAACUGAUCUCAAAAGUAGCAGAAGAAAAGUAUCCUCUUACCCUGAACCCAGAUCCCCCCCGCAUUUUGCACAGUUACAUAAAGGCAGUGAACUAGUCACCCAGAAAAAGAGUGAAAAUAACUGUGAUUUAUUUGGAAGGAAGGCUGAGGAUGGUUACAGAUCCCAAAUUCUAGAUAUUGAUGCACUUAUGGCAGAAUAUAAAGAAGAAUCAGUGAAAGCCAGUAACAUCCAAGAAAAGCUCUCUGAAGAUCACAGUGCAUUUAGUAGGGAGAAAUCAAAGAACAAAAGAAAUGUGUCAGAUAGGAUGACAUCUUCCUAUAGCUGGAAAGAGUGGAAGGGAUCAGAUCACUAUUCUGUUAAUAACAAACAAAGUGACUGUGCAGAAGAGUACCACAGGCCAGAGAAAUUAAUUCUAAAUGAAAAGAGCAAAGAGAAACUGGAAUCAUGUAGCCCUGAAUUUGAUAAACAAAAGUCCAAAGACAGAAGGUUCAGUCCUCCUUACUGGGGAAAUCCUGGCAGCUUUUUUUCAGAUAAAUUUGUAAAUUCACCUGUGGAUGUCACUAGGAAGAAAACUUUCAUCGUUGAUGAGGAUGAAGAAGUGAACUUAACUUCCAGGAAUCAAAGUUCAAAAUUUCUAAUUGAUAAGGUACAACCUAUAAAUGCAAUUGGUACAGACCAAAGGUUGGAAGUUAAUAUUGCUUCCAAGUCAUCCAUAAAGGCAGAUGAUGGCCUUUUACAGAAGAAGUUGGUCGCAAAAGAACAGUUCUUGGGGGUGUCUCCAGAAGGCGAUUGGAGCAAAAAUGUAGCAGGGAGCUCUAUAACAAGGAUCAAAGACAAUGCAAAUAAGACAACACGUGAAAGUGGCUCUUCCAAUGUGAAAAGUAAAACUGAUUGGAAGAACUAUACACCUGGUUUAGGAAUUACACCCCCAGAUUUAAGACGAUCUUAUUCAGAAAAGAGCUGCCACGGAAAAAGCAAUCUCCCACUUGUGCAAGAAGUAAAGGGAAGAAAGGAUCUACACCGAUCCAGGCAAAGCUCCCUGUUGGAAAGUGUGGAUAAUGGGUGGAAACACAAGAUGUCAUCUCAGUCAGAAUCAUUCUUUCAUGAGGAUAAAAAGGAUCAGCUGAAGCAAUGCUUCUCCAGGCAGCCCUCAGGAGCGAAGGACACGGACACGCUUGUGCAGGAGCCCGACAGCCAGUAUGGCACCUGGAAUGAGCAGCGGCACAGUGGGGACAGCUUUGUGCCCGAAUCUCCUUCCUUGGAAAAUGAUGUUAUUUCAACGAGAAAGCAACCCCCAAAUAGCCACCCAUCUUCACUGUCCUCUCAAACGGAACCUGCCUCCCUGGUAGAUCACCAUGACAUCUCAAAAGACCAAAGGAGCAUAAGUUUUGACCGUUCCAGCACUGACAUAGACUCUACUGACGGGACUGAUUUACCUCCUCCAGGAGACGCCUACCCUGAUGAAAAGACCACUGAUUUCUCUUUCAUUGAUCAAACCACUAUUCUGGACUCCAGUGCACUGAAAACUCGUGUACAGCUCAGCAAAAAGAGACGCCGCCGGGCUCCUAUUUCCCACUCUCUUAGAAGAAGCAGAGGGCUGGAGUUUGAAAACAGAUUUUCUCUGACAGAAGAACCAGAUAAUACCUGGAUGUUUAAAGAUUCCACAGAAGAGAAGAAAACUACGCAACAGGAAGAUACUGACGAGGAAGAAAAGAUACAGCAUACUGUGAGAUCAUCGUCUGUACAAGCACAGAGACUUCCCGUAUUUCCAGGAAUAGACCACUCUGUUCUCAAGGCCCAACUGCGAAAAAGACAAGAGUCUGAGAGUCCUGGUGAAGUGAAUUCUGCUCAGUUGUUCAAAUCCCCUAAACCGCAACUGCAGCUUGGAACUCCUGGUAGCAGACUGCUGCCCUCCAGUGUGGAGAAGCAGGACAGGUCAGAAGAAAAGUCUCCUCAGUGGCUGAAGGAGCUGAAAUCAAAGAAGAGACAGAGCCAUUAUGAGAAUCAGGUUUGAAAAGAUAGCGAUUCUAACUAGAAGAAGAUAAAGAAGUUUAACAGAAGCCUUAACUCAUCUGAACCUAAAAUUCACGUCAUGUUGCUGCUGUUUGCUUCCUGCCUCAACUGCUAUGUGCAUGGUGCCUUCCUGUUUUGUGGAGAAAGCUGCUUAAUAUUCAUAGUCAAAUACAAAGCUGUAUCUUUUCAGAUAUGGGAGGAUAGUCAAUUUAGACCUGCCUGAAAGAAGAACUGGUGGUUCAUAGUUAGCACUUCAGAAAGUCUUGAAAGAUAGUAAUAUUUUAUCUGGGAGUGCUGUGCACCAGAAAAGUCCCCUUGCUGUUGAACAAAGGCUACAUUUCUACGUAGGUGUUCAGCAACUCAAAAGUGUGACUUUUGGUAGACAUGUGAGGUGUAAGGCUGGGCUUUGUGUUUGUUUAUGAAAAUAACAAUUUUAAUCAAAUUUAUCUUUUUUUGUGAAAAAAUAGUAAGCUCCUAUUUAGAAUUAAGUUUGUGGAAGGUGAGAGUGAAAGAACAAAUUAUGUUUACUGCCAUAUUGAAAAAGGAAACUUGAUUAUUUUUUGUAAAAAGUAUUUUUGAUUGGCUUAUAUUUACAUGUGAUCUGCUGACCUAGCAGAUGAAUAUAAUUUUUAGAUGAACAAAAUGUUAACUUUUGUCACUCUUGAAAUGGUAUAUUCUGUGUUUUGUCAGCAUGUGGAAUAAUUGCUUCAUUGGAAUGUCUUUCCUGAAGAGGAUCAAGCAAUAAUGUCAACGAGUUCUCUUUAAAAAAAAAAAAUAUAAUAAAAUAUGUAAAUACUGUUUUUAUAACAAAAAAGGAAGCGAAGAGGGAGGAUGUUACACUCAUAUCAGGGUUCCAGUUAAUUGUUGAAUGUCACUUUAAUAGCAAUUUGGAUAGUCCCACUUCACAUUUUUAUUUGUUAAUCUGUAAAUACCAGGUUUAUGUUUUUAUUUUUAUGCUGAUUUUGUGAGAUAACCUAAAUGUGAUCUUCAGUUUCUUAGAUGAUUUACUUUUUUUCUUUUGGUAAGUCUGAUGUUAUAGCGGUAUAGGUAUCUCAUGCACAACACGGGUGUUACAAAUACCACUAAUAACUCUAAUAUGUUAAUAUCUUUGAAUACAGAUUCUGAAAUAUCAACCAAGAUGUCCACUUAAGACCUACUUUAUUCUUUCCCCAAAUAAGUGCUCUUUUUAGUAAACCUUUUAAAAUGUAGCCCGACGAGGGAGGUUGUUCUGUUGUGUCAGUAUUCCUCACGACUCGACUAAGAAAGCAGCAACGUGGGAAAAACAAAGGGAGACCGGAGCUGGCCCUAAAGCCAUGGGGACCGUGUGACAGUGGUGGGGCUGAGUGGGAGCAGAUGCUGCUCCUUGUGUUGCACUUCCCAGUGUCCUGCUGAUGGGCUUUUGUAGAUGUUAAUGAUAAAGCACCAGCACUUGAACUCAUUUUCCUUUUUUUUUUUUUUUUUUUUUUUUUUUUUCCUAAUGAUUGGUGUUUGGAAAAGCUUGGUGUACGUGGGGGGUUACCACAAUGGUGCAUCUGCUAGCCAGAGUGGCAUGCCUGGUCUGAUGUCUAUCAAGCUUGUAGCUGCCAAAAUCAUGUGCCAAUUCUUCUCAUGGAGGACUCACAGAUGAGGUGAUUUUUAGUCCCAGUCUGCUCGUAGGAAAUAACAGCAUUAUGUCAGGAGACAAGUCCCAUAUGCGCGUGUAUCUCUCCCAGAUUUAGUUCUGGGAGCAGCUCCCUGUACUUCAUGGAGGUGAAAUGUAAAUUCUGUGAUGUAAAACAAAUCUUUACUUGCUGCUUUGCCCUAUUUCACAUCAGAGCCGUCCCUUCUAAUGACUGAGAAAUGAUCACCCAAGACUUCUGCCAAGUGUUUCACUCUGUGUGGCUUUUAACCCUGGGCAAUGGGAGAUGGACUUCCAUUUGAAUGCAGUUGAUUAAAGAGCGACUCUUGGCUAAUUUUAAAUAUUGCACAUAUUUUCUUCCCUCUUCUUUAGGUGAUGGUGGAAAAGGCAACUCUUAAAGAUAAGCUUUGCAUAUGUGUCUUUCGGGAUAUUUUUUAUUUUUCUUAUGGCAGCACUCGAGGGUACCAUCAGUUGUAUACCAUGUGCGGCACGCGUGCUUCGGUCAGCCCUGAGCAGCAGUGUUUGCAGGUGUGAGAGAAGAAUGAUGAUUCCUUUUCUUACUCAGAUGAAGUGGGGCUUACUUUAAACAGUAUGUAGAAAUCAGGUAAAUUCCCCCUGCUUAUGAGAAUAUUUACACAGGCUUGAUUUUUUUUUUUAAUUCAGCAGGCUGACAGUAUUGCAUUACCAAUAGUUGGAGGACUUACUUGUUCUUGGUCUAAUAAAUGAAGGCCAGAAAUUCUGUAACUGCAGUGUUUGCUCUGUGUUUGAGGCAACUGAGGGAAUUAAUACUAGGUUUCCACAAAGCCCUUUGAAUGUGUAUGCAUUUCCACAUCUGCUUGGACAAUGCACUGAAACUUACUGUAUUUUAGUAGUUUAACCUACUACUGAGAAAUGUUUAAUGCUUAAAUGUCUGAUUAAAAAGCAUCUUUAGAAUGUU